AUGCCCCUGCCUUUCUUUUGCUUUACCCGUGACAUUUACGAAACCAAAUUUGACGUGAUGAUGCCAGCCGCUGCAAAAGCGUCAGAAGCAUCACUCGGAAACGCGUUGGUUGCUCUACGUCAAUCGUUACAGCAAUGUAUGGACGACAACGCUGGUGAACAAGCGGCGUACACUAAGUUGCAAUCAACUAUUAAAGCCAUGCGAAAGGCACAACGGGAGGCCAAAUACGAGAUCGUGAUUGCGUAUUAUGCACCAGCGUGGUACAAGCCCCUAAAGGAGCUCUUUGGAGCGUUUGGCUGA